AUGUCAUCAGAAUCAAUUGACCAACUAUCGCUCUCAUUUCAAUUUCAAAAGGAAAGAGAUGAGAAAUCUAACAAGCAGACUCUUGAUCUUUUAUCCCCUCUGUUGGUUACGUUGAUGGUUUGUUUUCUCUAUGCAAAGGAGAAUUUGCAAGGCACACAAAAACACCACAGCACAAUGAUGUGCCAUGCUCAGUUUUGUUUUGGCGAGGAUGGUAGAGUGUCCAUGUGA